AUGGGCCACUCUUGCCUCCACCGCCACGGCCAGCUCAUGCAUGAAAAAGUCUUCAGCUUCUCCAUAGAAAGAAGCUUCUCAUCGAUCCGAGAGGUGCCAUUUGACAUGGCCACAACCUCUUUUGAUGACCAAUACAACGGCUGCCAGGAUAUGAUGGAGGAUAAGGUGGGGGCUCUCCUCCGCACUGAGUUUGCCGAUACCAUCUAUGCCAAGGUCUGGGAAAAUGCAACUGCCAAGUGGGAUGAGAUGAAGGCCUCUGCCUCAGUCCCCAAAGACCUCAAGCCGGAGUACGCCAUCGCGGCCUUGGCCUACACACGGAAAGAGGCCUUCUUAUAUCGCGAUUUAAACAGAGCUGUAAGGAAAGCAGGGGAGAGCGAAGAGUAUUCCCUCAGGGCCUUCCACUUCAAGGCCUUCCAUUUCCUCUUGACGAGAGCCCUUCAAGUCCUGCGGGCCAACGCCAGUCCCAAGUGCCACGAAACGUACCGCGGGGUCAGAGGUGCCAGCUUCAUUGCGGAGCCCUCCGAGAAGGCCCGUUUUGGAUACUUUGCUUCCUCCUCGCUGGACAAGGACCAGGCCAUGAGCUUUGGAAAGGACACCUUCUUCACCAUCGAGACCUGCUACGGGGGCUACAUCAAGGAGUUCUCCUUCUUCCCAGAAGAGGAGGAGAUUCUGAUCCCACCCUUCGAGGAGUUCCAGGUGGCAGAGGUCACAGAGACGCCUGACGGGGUCCACAUCCGUCUCAUCUCCGCUGGAAUAUUCAGCAAGUACAACUGUGUGUAUAUCAAAGGUAACCAUGUGAGCAACUUCCAAAUUCGGAAACCAGUAGAGCUCAAGGUCCCCCAAUAG